AUGCAAGCUGACGAAACUGCGAUCGACCCUCAAUUACACCAUCAUAUUGGACGAAGUGAGAAAAUUUUCGACGAUUUGGGACAUUAUCUACGCAGUCAUGCGGGGGAUCCUGCCAUAAAGGACUUCAUACCACGUUUGAUGGAUCAUAUCCUGGGCCGCAUAGGGACUCUUGGAUCUUCGGUGGAGAACUCUACCCAUCCCGACAAGGGACAACUUUUCUUCAAACGCAACAGAAUCUACCACCACAACCUCGUCAGAUUUAAUUAUACGACAUACGACGUUCGAAAGGCUCAAGACCACGGUGACGAAUCCAAUGUCAAAUAUCGUUAUGCGAGAGUGCUUGGUAUCCAUCAUAUCAAUGCUGUGCGCUCAGAUAACGUAUAUGAGUCCUGCCGAAUAGAUUUUCUUUUUGUUCGGUGGUAUGAACUGAUACAACACCAUUCAUGGGAAACACAUACUUUGGAACGAGUUCGCUUCCUGCUGUUGACAAACCCAACCGCUUUCGGCUUCGUGGAUCCAGGAGCAGUUCUGAGAGCCUGCCAUAUAAUCCCUGCUUUUGCUCAAGGCCAGCGUAAUCUUAACGGGGGGAUUUCUUCCCUUUCGGGAGAUAAAGAUGACUGGCUAGAAUACUAUGUCAACAGCUCAUCACGGGAAUCAGUCACUCAGACAGCCGCCUGUCUGAAUGAUGACGAUUUUAAAGGCGGAGAAAACUUCACGGAGAUAGGCCACCCAAGCGACGACGAACAGGAUGAAAAUGACGAAGAGAGUCAUAUUGGGGUUGAAGAAUGGGACUUCUUUGAACAAGGACAGGACGCAAGCACGGGGUCCCUCGCGGAGGCACUAGUAGAUGAUAUGUUCAUGAGGCAUGCUUUCGAUUAUGAAAAUUGA